GUGUGUCUGCCGGAAGUGACGGGGGGCGUGUGUCAUGGUCGCCGGUUGCUGAAUCUCUAUAGCUGAACUUUCGUUUUAUUCUUCAAACCUCGUGCUCAUGGCGACGUUUUUCGGUGAGGUUUUGUCCGUGUGUUCUCGGGCCGUGGAGGAAGACGACGAGGACCUGCUGGAAGAAAACGAAGAAGACGAACAAAUCCGAAGAGAGCUGGAGGAAAAGAGGGAGGUUCAUCUGCACUGGAGUCCUGAAGUCUCCGACUCGCUGAAGUCCGGAAGCAAGUUGCAGUGUUCAGACUUCAUCCUCGCUGUGGGACACAACGCUGCCAGGUUUCUGUCGGUGCACGUUCUCACCUCUGCAAACUGGGACGCAGUGGGACAUGCAUCAGUGUGGAACGAGAGGAGCCGGGCUGCAACCGGGCAAACCAGUGAGGAGUGUGUUUUCUACAGACAGAAGGACAACCCAUCUGUCUUGAUAUGCCAAGUGACUUGCUACGUUGCAGAAGACCAGCUUUUUCAGUGGACAGAAAAGGUUUUCGACUGUCUGCAGCACAGAGAGCUGAAUGUGACCGUGCUGUCAGAUAGCACUGUGGCAGAGUACAAGACGGCAGACUAUGUGAGCUGCAGCUCCGCCCCCUUCCUGCGCUCUCUUCACAGCGGUGCUUUCACUGGUCAGCCCGUCUGCCAGUCACUGGAGCAACCCAACAUAGUCACAGGACUUUCAGCUGCAGUGCUGAACCACUGCGAGGUCCACCGCAUCGCCGCUGUUGUUUACCAGUGUUACAGUGACGUCAUUGGUCUUGAUUCUGUCACCAUGGAGACCUACAAACCUGCACUAACCAAGCUUGGCAAGUCCAUACAGCUGGACCCAUCUCCGAGCACAGAUGUCCUCCGCAAGUUUGUCAGAAACACCAACAUUCAGAGUAAUCUUUAUAUCUAAAAAUAGCCAUGUUGCACACUAAGCAGUGCAAAUUUAAUUAUAUUUUCCUGUCAUUAAAAAACAGUCAUUUUUUAAUAAAACAAUUAUGAAAAUAAA